CUUCGGGAAAACCUCCGCGAAGAGACAUGAGCGGAUCCGGAAAACCGCUGCUCGGCCUGUGGUUGUACCGCAGCGGAGAGGACUGGAGCUAUAAGGAGGACAGUCCAAUUGCACUCAAGCCGCAGCAAUCGGAAGAUAAGGAGGAAACGCCCGUCCAGCCGGAAGAAAAAGAAAAAAUAUCAAUAAUUUUCUCGUUGAAAAACCAAGUGGGCGGAUUGGUGAGAGCCCUCCAGGCCUUCCAAGACCUAGGAAUCAACGUGCAAAGAAUCGAGUCCAGACCGUCCCAAACCGGAGAAAAUCAAGCCGAUUUUCUCGUCGACGUCGAAUGCGAACCGAAAAAACUAGAACAGUUGGGCAGAUUGCUCAAGCGGGAAGUAGUGACCAUGGUGAUCGGAAAAUACGGCAGCGAAGACAGCGAGAACGAUUUCCCGCCGCCGACGCCGCUUUCCGCCACAGCCAGCUUCGAUUUCGAUGAAAUGCCUUGGUUUCCGAAAAAAAUCUCCGAAAUCGACCUGGCCCAGAAUGUUUUAAUGUACGGCAGCGAUUUGGACGCGGAUCAUCCGGGAUUCAAGGACCCGGUUUAUCGAAAAAGAAGGGAGCAUUUUUACAAAAUUGCCAUGAAUUACAAACAUGGCCAACCAAUACCCAGGGUAAAAUACACCCCUGAGGAGAUCAAAACAUGGGGAACGGUGCUUCGCGAAUUGCAGAAACUCUACGAAAAGCACGCUUGCAAAGAGUACCUGGAAAACUGGCCGCAAUUGGUGAAGUACUGCGGCUACAGAGAGGAUAAUAUACCGCAAUUACAAGACGUCAGUUCGUUUCUCAAACGGAAAACUGGAUUUCAAUUGAGACCGGUCGGUGGAUACUUGAGCGCCAGGGAUUUCCUGGCCGGACUGGCUUUCAGAGUUUUCCAUUGCACCCAGUAUAUAAGGCAUUCAAUCGAUCCAUUUUACACACCCGAACCAGAUUGUUGCCACGAAUUACUAGGUCACAUGCCUCUUCUGGCCAAUCAGAGCUUCGCUCAGUUUUCACAAGAACUAGGUUUAGCUUCCUUGGGAGCUUGUCAAGAAGAUAUCGAUAAAUUAGCUACACUCUACUUUUUCACCGUGGAAUUCGGCCUGGCCAAGCAGAACGGCGAUCUCAAAGUCUACGGAGCCGGAUUGCUCAGCUCCGUCGCCGAAUUGAAGCACGCCAUCGCCUCCACCGACAAAGUAAAACGCUUCGAUCCGGAGGUCACCUGCAGGCAGGAGUGCAUCAUCACCGACUACCAAUUGGGCUACUGGUACACCGACAGCUUCGAAGAGGCCAAAGAGAAGAUGCGCACGUUCGCCGAACGGAUCAAACGGCCGUUCGGCAUCCGCUACAAUCCCUACACGCAGAGCGUCGAGGUGUUGAGCAACGAGACGAAAAUCACGGCGCUGGUGUCGGAGUUGCGCGGCGAUUUGUGCAUCGUCAACAGCGCCUUGAAGAAGAUCAGCGCCAGGGAUUCCACGUUGGACGUGAAUCGGAUAGCGUCGCUCUUGCAAAAGGGAUUGAUCCAAGAUGGUACCGCUAACAACGACGAUGGCAAACCUGGUGAUGAUGAUGUUAAUUGAUUCGGCGAAUGUGUA